GGUAGGCGGGCCAGUUGCGCAGCGCAGUGCGCCUCGACAAAAGAAAAUCGCGCGACGUACGCUACGGAUCCCGUUUUUUAUCGCAGGUGCCGUGCAAGAGCGAAACAAAAGAUGCCAGGGCCUGUGCGAUUUCGUUAACCGCGAUCCGAAAUCAAAAAUUACGGCACAGUCGCUUCGUGGAAGUGAUAAAACAUGACAGCGAAUACGGCGAUCUGAUUGGUCCGCGGGCGCGUACAUGAAAAAAGACGAUCGCUAUUCUUAUUGUCUACGCCAGCCAGAGCUGUCUUGACCCAACAACCGCGAAUGUGUUUGUUAAGACAUGCAGCUUUAACUUUUUUAGUGAUUCAACUACCAGAUUCUUUUUGAAUGAUUUUACAACAUGAGAUCCAAAUCUGUUGCGCGCAGAGUACAGGCCCAAGAGGGUAGCGAGGACGAGAGAGAACCCUUAAUCAACACCGAAGAAGAAUUAAACAACUCACAAACAAUGUCCAUAAUAAAACGCAGAAAACGUAGACACUCAACUGAUGAUCCACCAAUAACAUCAUCAAAAACUUUAGAAAGUUUUAACAACAAUAUCCCACACUCUGAAGAAAAUCUAAAACUAAGCAUCAAGGAUCUCUUGCAAAAAUCGUCUGUAGAGGCAUACAAAUAUUUUAAUCAGAACAAUUUAAUCACUAUUUACUCGAAGGCCAUCGAAGUCGUUUUGGCUAGUGGAGCAGUACCUCCAGAAAUUGAGUUGAGAGAGAGUGGCGUGUUUGCCAAAUCCACCAUCCUCAAAGGAACGAGGUAUGGACCGUUCCAAGGAGUAUGGGCUACAAAACCUGAAGAAGCCAUGUUUGCUUGGGAGGUUGUUGCAGACAAAGGUGUCAAAGGAUGGCUUGAUGGAACAGUAUAUGAACAAAAUUGGUUAAAACUUAUUAGAUUUAACGAGCCUAAAAUAAAUGUUCGUUAUUUCUUGCAAGGAGGAGAGUUAUGGUACGAAACAUGUUCAAAUAUAUCUCUGGGAACCGAGUUAAUUCUUGCAAAGGAGCCUUUGAAUCUUCAGGACAUGUAUGGAGAAGCCAUUUCAGCUGAAAGAGAAACAGCUUCUCAACACAGUGAAAAAGCAGAUGAACAAUUUGAUGAAGAGGAGGAUGAAUUAGAAUUAAGAUGUUAUGGAUGUGAUCAAGUUUACACUGAAAUAGACAAGCUAGAUGAGCACCUUAUCUCCAAACAUAAUCACCGCAGAGACGAAUUUAGAUGCGAGCUGUGUCCAAAGGCGUACUCGCAUAGAACUUGUUUGAUAAAACACCGUGCUGUGGAACACGGAGAAGUAAAAAAGUACCAUUGCGAAAACUGCCCUAAAUUUUUUUCUGAUCCAAGCAACCUUCAGAGGCACAUUAGAACCCAUCACGUUGGCGCCAGAUCACACGCUUGUCCCGAGUGCGGAAAAACAUUCCAAACUUCUUCUGGGUUGAAACAACACACACAUAUUCACAGCAGCGUAAAGCCUUUUCAGUGCGAGGUUUGCUUUAAGAGCUACACGCAGUUCUCGAAUCUUUGCCGUCAUAAACGCAUGCACGCCGAUUGCCGAAUGCAGAUUAAGUGUACUAAGUGCUCACAAACUUUCUCUACCUUGACAUCUCUAUCGAAGCACAAACAUUUUUGCGACAAAACUUUGCAAUCACCAUCAAUAUCAUCACCAACCCAAUUACCUUGUUCUCUUAUGGUAAAUAAUAAUCAAUUUCCAAUGUAUAGACCACCUUGCCCCUUACCUUUCUUUCCACCAAGUUUUCAAUACCCACAAAUGUUUUCACACUCAAACGCAGCUGCAUUUUUGAAUCCACUAUACUUUAACUCACUGUCAAAGUUAAAGAAGGAGCUUCCAGAACAAGUCCCAAUAAAGAAAAUUAAAUUGAGCCCAGAAAGAUUUUCACCGGUAAAAGAUAGAUUUACACCACCCCGGUUAAGUAACCCACCCGCAAAAGUUAGUCCACCCACGGCUGAAGAAGCUAACCUUACACCAUCACCAGCAAGGCCAAAUAUAUUGUCGCACCCUAGAGCAAAAUUAAUGGGUUUAGAAGAUGAAGAAUCAAUUAAAAUGGAUAAAAUGAGUAACGAUGAAGGAGAGCAACCUUUAGACUUAAGCUGCACUUGGAAAAAAUCUCCUGGGCUUGAGGAAAAACACCAGGAAGUUAAACAGGAAGUUUAUAAACCUCAAACGCCACCUGUAACUCCUAAAGAAGAAACCAUGGAAAUACAGGAUAAUGGAGAAGAAAUAAAAAGUCAGCUAGAUAAACUACCGAUUAACCCACCUAUGGCAUACCCACGACCAAUACACCCAAUGAUGUUAGAAAUGUACAGACCAAAUUUCCACAAUUACCAACCACAAAACAACGACAGAUUAUUCUCCCAUUUCAACCAUCGUUUUCAAUACAUGAACCCACUGCCACCCCAGAGGAACUUUGACCUGCUUCGACCGAACUUCACGAACGUCAAGCCUUUUCACGAUGUUAUCCAACAGCAAAGCCAGGGAAAAAUGAAGGAUAGAUACGCUUGUAAGUUUUGCGGCAAAGUGUUCCCGCGUUCUGCCAAUCUUACAAGGCAUUUAAGAACGCACACUGGCGAGCAACCGUACAAAUGCAGAUACUGUGAAAGAUCUUUCAGUAUUUCCAGUAACUUGCAGAGGCAUGUAAGGAAUAUUCACAACAAAGAGAAGCCUUUCAAAUGCCCGCUGUGCGAGAGAUGUUUUGGUCAGCAAACAAACCUAGAUAGGCACUUGAAAAAACAUGAAACUGACGAUGGGAAUGGAGGUGUGGCUGUGGCCGAUUCACCAGGGAGUAGCAAUGGAAACGAUAGAGAAGAUGCUUGUUUCGAUGAAAUACGGACUUUCAUGGAUAAAGUUACAUAUAACCGACCAGAGUUCUAUAACGAGUCGCGUGUAUAUACACCGUUAUCCUCUCAACAUGUUAUCGAUGUCGUUGGUAAAGAUGAUGAUGAAGAUACCGAAGUUGAUUCCGAAUCCGAGGUAUCUUCAAUAAAACAGCUUAAAACCCAUGAUGAAAUUUUGAACAACAACGAUCAUACAAUAGAGGUUUCUACUUAGUGAUAAUCUUUUUAACGCAAUUUCUCAAAGACUACUAUACCUGUGGUAAUCAAAAUAUAUAAUUAGUAAAUAGUUAUUUAUUGUAAAUAAUUCUUGUUUUCUUGGGUCUAUUAAUAUUUUGUAAAGUUCCUACACAAGUUUUGUCAAUUUUCUAAACAUUUUAAUGCACUUUUAAUCCCCUAUUGGCACAAUGUUUUCGAUUUUUAGUGAAUAGUUUCGUAAGGAAUUGUGUAUGUACAGAUUACUGUGUGACCAUAUAGCAGUUUGUAAAUAUUAGGUAAAACUUUGUUAAAAAUAUUAUAUAAGCAUGAUGUUUAAUUUGUUUAUAAUAUAUCGAAGGUAAUUUUGUUUGGAAAAGUCAAAUUGAACCAAAGUUAUUUUUUAAAAAUUGAUGUUUUGUACAAAAUUUAUUAUUUAAGUUCCAUAAUAUAUUAUUUUAUAAAAAUUCUUAAGUUUAGAGUGUUGAACGUACUAGUGCAUAGUUUAUUAAUAAUGGAGUUUUCUUUCAUCUAUAAAUGGUAUUAUAGAAUAACACCGCAAC